ACGAGAAACGAUCAAUUUUGUUGAUUUUGUUGAUAUUUUGCACUGGCAUGACCCGUUUUUAACAUGUUCUCGCUUGGUAAAAUAAAUAUUUUGCAUUCGGCAAAUAGAAUACCUAUCCAAGACUCAAUCAUUUUAUUCCUUAAACAAUUCUAUAUCAGAAUCAUGUAAAAACAACUAUCAAGCUGAUGAAACUAUGUGAUAUGUGCUGGGCCUGCAACGUGCAGAUGACACGCGACGCACGUUGAACGAAUAGACAACGAAAUGAAACCGAAACAAAACACGAUCAACGGGGUAAUACAGUAAAGGACAAUGGUAUGCGGCUCGUCUCAAUUAGUCGACCUGAUCUCCGUGUGUCCGUACGGCGAGGUUCGGUUCAAAUGCGACGCGCCGCGCUCUCGAGCUCCGUUCACCAUCACAAACACACAUCGAUGUCCGGUGGCAUUCAAGAUCAAGACAACAUCGCCGGAGAAGUUUCGCGUGCGUCCCAGCUGCGGAGUGAUUGCCUGCGGCUGCUCGAUAACGGUCGAGGUGGCACUCUGCGAGGGCGUCUCACCGCGUCACGUGCUAUGCGACAAGUUCCUCGUGGUCGCUACACCCGUUCAGAGAGAGAAUGUCUGUCAAAAGGAGCUCUGCCGGCUAUGGAAGUGCGUGCCGCAGGAGCAGCGGUUCGAGCACCGUCUGCGCUGCGUGCUGGACGCCGAGCCGGCACCGGCGCGCGCCUGCGCCGACGUCCCCUCCUCCGGCCUGCCACUGCGCUGCCUGGCCGACAAGCUGGAGUGUUUGAUGGACCGGGUGUGCGCGCGCCAGCGACUGGUGGAGCGUUCGGCACGUCUGCAGGAGCAGAACCACCGUCUCAUCACCUCGUGUCUGUACAUCCUGGCCGCCCUGGCCGUGGCCAAUGCGGCACUCAUCCUGAUCGCGUACAGAGCCGUCAGCGAGUACGGCGGCGGCCUGGUGUUCGGACUGAUCCGGCGCGUCAGUCCCAGCUGUGCCAGCCUGUGGAGCUGGCUGCUCUGACCACGGCCCCCGGCCGGCCCGCCGCGGUCACACACGGCAGGCCGGCUGGACGGGUCCGGCGAUAGGGCACACUGGGCCAGGACAAAGGUCAGCUGUUGCCUCUGGCAGUGGCAAAGAUGACAGUCUGGUGAUGAAUGCUCCACAAGCUGUAUACUGGAAUUGGGGAUCAUUUGAAGCGACCCAAUGGGUAACUCUUCAUUUAUGAAUGAAGAGAUAGGUAAUUGCAGUGUUCCAUUUGUGAGCUUAUGGUAAAUGCUGAAUGUGUGUGUAGUGAUGCGUGCUCAUGUUUAUACAUUAUUAUAAGGUCAUGUUUCUAGAAAAGUAAAAAUUUAAGACAGAUUACAUAUCAUGCAUGAUUUGCACUGGAAAGUGAUAGUUGACUGAGAAAUAAAGAUACAGAUAUAUACAGAA